AUGACGCAACAUCCUCCGAACGCAAGUCUACAUCCCCCAAAAUCCACAGUCGCCGUCCAUCAAGAGGCCUGUGCUACCGUCAAGAUGUCGGUCAACAACAAGAUUCUACGUACCGCAAACGCACCCACAACACCCCCCGACGAGACGGAAACCAAUGUCGCUCAGGCUCUCAUCGACCUCGAAAACAACGUACCUGAGUUGAAGGCUGAACUUCGACCACUCCAAAUUUCAGCCGCCCGUGAAGUCGAUGUCCGAGGUGGAAAGAAGGCCAUUGUUAUCUUUGUUCCCAUCCCCCAAUUAAAGGCGUUCCACAAAGUGCAGCAGAGGCUCACUCGGGAACUUGAAAAGAAAUUCUCCGAUAGGCACGUAGUAUUCGUCGCUCAGCGCCGGAUGCUGCGCAAACCCACGAAACAUUCCCGUGUCAAGCAAAAGCGACCCCGUAGCCGGACUCUUACCAACGUACACGAGAAGAUCCUUGAGGACCUCGUCUUCCCGACAGAAAUUGUUGGCAAGCGGACUCGUGUAGCUGUGGAUGGAUCGAAACUCCUGAGAGUUUUUCUCGACUCGAAAGAUGCUAACGUUCUGGAGUACAAGCUGGAUUCUUUCUCAUCGGUUUACCGCCGUCUGACAGGGAAGGACGUUGUAUUCGAGUUCCCGGUGGUUGCGCAGGAGUAG